AGUAUUGCGCAGUCAGUAAGAAAUUGUAACUCGAAGCGAACAGUUCGUGUGACUUUUCGAGCAACUACCGAACGACUUUAUACAGCGAACGAUAAUUAUUAUUUUCUGAGAGUGUGAUUUAUAAAACGAAACAAAGGAUUUCCAACGAUAGAUCACAGUUACAUCGACAUGGCACUAAUAUCAAGAGACCUGUUCCGCAAUUGGUGGGAAGAUAUGGAUCGUUACCAUCGAGAAUUGGAGGAACAUUUUAAACGUCUUAGCACCAGCGACGAUUUCUGGAAACCGUCACCAAUGCCAUCUUUCAAGGAAUUCUUCAAACCAUGGAGAAACAUGAUGGAAGAAUUGGAACAUCAAGUUGGCGGUUCAACCACUGUCGAACGAGAUCAAAAUAAAUAUCAAGUGAUCGUUGAUGUACAGCAAUUUGCACCAGAGGAAAUAACGGUCCGAACAGAUGAUAAAUGUAUUACCAUCGAGGGUAAACAUGAAGAAAAGAAGGACGAACAUGGUUAUGUAUCCAGACACUUCGUACGUCGUUACGUACUACCACAAGGAUAUGAUAUUGGCCAUGUUAAACCCAGUUUGUCAUCGGAUGGUAUUCUUACUAUCACUGCUCCGAGACUCGCCCUACCAGCACCAGGAGAACGAAUUGUACCGAUCGAACAAAGCAAUGCGCCAGCGAUUAAGGCAGCGUAAAUGUUACUUUUCACUUAAUCGAUAUUAAGAAGUAUUCAUGUAUUGGAAUUUAUUAUAUAUUUUCUUUUUGCAAGCCUAAGUAACUUCUUUAUUGUUCAUUAUUGAAUAAUCGAAAUUAUUUGUUCAUAUCGAUUUAAUUUUAAUUGCAUAUUUUUAACUGAUAAUUUAAUUAUACUGUUACGUAAUUUAAUUUCUUAAGAUUGCAUCGCUUACGCGUCCAAAGAACUUAAAAUAUUUAUCCUAAA